AUGGCCCCCCAGAAACGCACAACCGCAGGCACAAGGAGUAAUGGCACUUUGGCAUGGUGUUGCGAGAAUUUUAUCCGCCGGAAACGAGCAACGAACGUUGCCAGGCGUACAACGACGGAACCUUGGAACGACACCGUCGACCAGCGCAGGGCCAUGAGGGCCAACAAUGCAGUAGUGCACUGGUUCAAGUCCGAUCUCCGACUCUACAAUAAUCGCGCCUUGCGAAUGGCAUACCAGACAGCCAAGGAACAUAAUAUUCCACUGACCGGUUUGUAUAUUCCGUCCCCGCAGGAUUUGACGGCUCAUCUGCUGACUCCGGCCCGGGUGGACCUGAUCCUGCGUACUCUGCAUCAAUUAAAGCGCCAUUGGAGGGACCCGAUAUCCCCCUGUGCAUGGAGGCGCAGAAUAAACCUGGAAUAUGAGGUUGACGAGUUGCAACGCGAGAAGCGGGUGAGACUGCGCGCGAAGAACGGAAUCAACUUCGAGACCGCGCACGACGCACGCGUCGUCCUCCGUGGAUAG